AUGGAUCCGGCUACUUCCCACCUGUGGGGUAGUCGGCGAAGUCCACUGGACGACAUCAUGCCUCCCUUGGUCACUGGCUUGAUCCUCUGCUUCCCCUGCGAUGCCGCCAACCGCACACGGCUCCUAGAGGUUCUCAACAAGGCAGUGGAAGAUCUCGUUCGCGAGUCGCCGUCCCUCGCGGGCAGGGUGACUCGCAACGAAUCCGAGAACCAAUCCGCAGACGGCCUCCGCCCAGGCCAGCUACUGCUCCAGAUCCCAGAACCUCUCCAUGCUCCCAAGGUCAUAGUCAACGAUUUGACCGAGUCGCAUGAAUACAACUACCGCGAGCUCAUCGACGCAGGUGUGCCCAUGAGCAAGCUCGACAGCAAGAUCUUUGCCCCCCAGAUAGGCGUCGCCACAACCGCCAACGUCGUGGACUUCCGGGCCAACUUCAUCACCGGAGGAUGCCUCCUCACAAUCUGCAAAGCCAGUGAACAUCUCCCCAGCAGAAUCUUGGCCGAUGAUAUACCGGCAUCACUACGCCCGCUCGUCCCCGCGUCCGAGUACGCUGACCGCAAACCUCGACCGGAGCUCUGGCGCGUCCUAGGCCUUGACUGGCGUCCCAAAGAGGAGGCGCCGGCCGAACCGCCCUUCAUCUUGGCGUCCGAAACCUCCAUCAAGAUGUUCAAAAUGUCCGCAUCCGCCCUCGCAAGUGUGAAGCGCCUCGCCACGUCCGUCGAUGCCGGAGCCGGGUGGGUUUCGACCAACGACGCCCUCGUCGCCUUUCUGUGGACGGCCGUGAUGCGUGCGCGUUUCCCGGAGGGUGCGAUCCACGGGCGCAAGACGUCGUCGUACGUAUCCGUCGCGAUAAACGGGCGCAAGGGCCUCGAGGUCCCGGCGGAGUGGCCCGGUAACGUCGUCUUCUGCUGCAUGACGGAGCUUCCUCUGGACGUCCUGACGGCCCCCGUCGAUGAUGAUGGCGCCAACAACUUGCCGCUCGUCGCGCAGAGCAUCCGGCGGCGCGUGGCGGAAGACCGGGAACCUGGCCUGCUGAGAGAUGCCGUCGCGCUGGCGGCGUGCAUACCGGACGUGCGACAGCUUGGAAACGCGUUUCGCAGCUGGCUCGACGAGGACCUGGUGACGACUUCGCUAGUGGAUCUCCCAUUUCACGAGCUGGAUUUCGGCUCGGCCUUUUCUGGGGGCGCAGCGGACGGGGUUGGUAGUGCGGAGGCCUUCAGGAUGCCGGCAGGGCAUUUUGCCGGUAUUUGCUGCAUGCAGCCUCGGCUGCCGGACGGAUCUGUGGAGUUUGUCGUGUCAAUGAAGCCCAAUGAGAUGGCCAGGCUUGAGAGUGAUCGCCUCUUCCAGCUUCACAGCACUUUCGUAUCGGAAUGA